AUGAUUGGCAUCGCGUUUAAGAUGGGGAAUGGGAUGAGGCGACAUGGUGUUGUGACUGGAAUCGCAGAAAAUAGCCUUCAUAAGGGUUCGGUGACUUCCUACAAAGGAAAAAAGAGUUUUGUCUUAAAGCGCAAUAUUUGCCAGGUACUUGUAUUCUAA